AUGUCGAAAACAGUUCUUAUUCUUGGUGCUUCCUAUGCUGGCCUGACAGUUGCUCAUAAGCUUCUCAAAUCGACUUUGCCAGCAGUUCCCGACCUCAAAAUUGUCUUAGUCUCUCCUACCACACAUUUAUAUUGGAAUAUGGCUUCAGUUCGAGCGAUUAUCCCAGGUCAAUUUGGAGAUGACAAGAUGUUCGCAGAGAUUGCGCCUGGCUUUUCCAAAUAUCCAAGUGAAUCGUUCGAGUUUGUCCUAGGCACAGCGACGAGUAUGGACACAAGUGCCAAAACAGUCACGAUCAAAACUAUUUCCGGGCCCGAGUUGCUUCAAACAUACGAAACAUUGGUCAUUGCUACCGGUAGCCAUACGAUUGGCGAGGUUCCGUGGAAAGGAGCACCUUCGGGAUAUGAACAAACCAAGGAACUCCUUCAUAAAUACCGAGAGAAAGUUGGAAGCGCAAAAUCUAUUGUGGUGGGAGGCGCAGGACCCACCGGGGUAGAAACUGUUGGAGAAUUGGGCUUUGAAUAUGGGAAGACUAAGAACAUUAUCUUAAUAACCUCUAGUGACGAAAUCCUAAAAGGAGCAGUUACUAGCCCUAUAGCCUCGUCGGCACAGAAAGAGCUCGAGAAAAUGAACGUUGAUGUGAGGCUUAGAACGAGAAUUAACUCGACAAAAUUGCUAUCUACUGGUCAAACGGAGCUUUCACUCUCUAACAGCGAAAAACUUCUUUGCGACCUGUAUCUACCUAGUGUCGGCACUAUCCCAAACAGCGACUUCAUUCCAAAAGAAUUGCUAGAUGGACAAAACUUUGUGAAAGUUGAUCAAUAUCUAAGAGUUCACGGAAACGAGGAUAUAUGGGCUGCAGGUGAUAUCAUCGAUGCUCAACCAAGUCAAUAUGUCUACGCCGAUAAACAGGCCCUCGCGCUAGCAAAAAACCUAGAUUUGGUUCUGAGGUCGAAAAAUCCAACAGUGUAUAAAACAGACGGCGCUCCCAUCCUAGCCGUUGCUCUUGGGCGCAGUAGAGCUACAGGCCGAUCUGGAAACUUCAAGUUACCUAGUAUAAUUGUUUGGUUUGUCAAGGGACGCACUCUUGGCACGCAAAAUUUACUUCCCUAUGUUAAUGGUACCAAAUUUUGA